CUCACUUCCUGUUAACAAUCUUUGUGCUCUGUGAAUUUGUCGGCGUUACUCACAUAUGGUUUCAUCAAUAUUCCUGACGUUAUUAUGGCUAAAUUUCGUUGCCACUCUAUCUCAAUAGCAAUGACUGUGUUUCGAGCCAACAUUUGAGUAGGAAGGAGUAUUUUCACCGCCUGUUGAGGUGGUUCGACGAAAGGUUAGCUUCCAGGCUAACGAGUGCUAGCCUAAACAAUCGUAACCAAACAGCUGAUUUCACUGCGAGACGUCAGUCAGAGAUGUGUUAGGUUUCCGUAAACCAGUCGAAUGAAUUCGACCCGUUAAAACGACGAAUCGUCCACAACGUGGCAUUUUUGCUCAGGGGCGACCCGAAGCCAUCUGUUCUUAACUUCUGCCAACAUGAUGGACUUCGACAAUGUUUUGAAUCUUGCCUCCCAAAACCAAGGCGGUGGCAGUACUAAGAAAAGAUACAGUUUACAAGUUGCUCCACCGAAAAAGGAUCCUCGGGCCAAAGUUGUCAAUCCCAAUGCAGUUCAAGCGCUGUUAAAGAAGCGACAGUUGGAGACCAGACAAAAAGAAAUGGAGAUAAAGAAACAGAAAGAGGAGCUCCUUGCUAAAAGAGUGGAGCUGAAGUCGGACCGUAAAGCCCGAGCUAUGGCGUCUAGAACGAAAGACAAUUUCCAUGGUUACAACGGCGUCCCUUUCGUCGAACCACCCAAGAAGAGAAGGUCAAAACAAGACAUGGAGGAAGAUGAGCACUCCAUGGCCAACGGUCGAUUCAGAAACUACGCAGUGGAAGCCGAGGACGAUGAGGACAACUAUGAGUAUGAGCCGUCGGAUUCCGAGCCAGAGCCUGAACCGGUCCAGAGACCAGGAAAGCCCUCUGCUAAGAAACCAAAUGGCACCCAAAAAUCUGCAGCCCCUAGCAUGAACUUUGCAGACUUGCUCAAGUUGGCAGAGAAGAAACAGUUUGAGCCUGUUGAUUUGAAACGAAAGGUUGUAAAACAAGAAGAAAGACUUCGUACAGCUGAUGAGAUAAGAGAACAUGAAAUGGAGCAAAAAGCCAGGAGGAGAGACAAAGACCCGAGGACAGAAAGGGACAAAGACAGUAGGCCAAGUUCGGCGUCAGCUCGGAAAGGCAAUGCAGAGAAGGAGCAUAAUAAUGUAAAACCACAAAAAGGCUCAUCGGAAAGACCCGGGCAAAUUUCUGGAUCAGGAAAGAAAUCCAGUUCAGCUCCCUCAAACGAUAAAACCCACGUGUCUUCUAAGCCCCUGAGCAGGGACAGAGAGGGACUCAAGGCGCGUCAGGGUGACAAAGAAAGACCCAAAACAAGUAUGUCAAGUUCAUCUGGUGGCAUGACCAAACUCCCAUUAAAAACAUCUCUAUCUCAGGUUUCUGCUAAACAGUCCCCUGUCAGGACUUCAUCUGGUCACAAAUCAAGUGAGGUUAAAAAAAAUGGCUUACCGUCACCGAAAGGGAGAGCAGCAAAUGCCACUGGGUCCAGACCGUCGUCAGGACAAAGACCUGAAGUCGGUAGCUCAAAGCAGCAAAGACCCAGUCAGGCCAGCUCAGUACGACAAGUACCUGCUGCACCAACAGGAAAGGGGCAGCUAGUGAGAUCUGGAGGCAGCACCUCAGGUCUGAAGCCUUCAUCUGCUGGGCCGUUAAAAGCAGGAAGCUCUCAACAAGCGAGACCCCGGGACCCAGCCAAAUCGUCCCUGGCUAGGCCUGGUGGGAGCAGCUCCCAGGCCGCUGCGCAUGGACCCCCGGGUCGGGCCAAUUCAGCAGGGGGGUCACUUGCAGGAAGGCCUCCAGGAGUAGCUGGCUCCGGACCAGGAAGACCAAUGGGUGCUGCAGGGUCUGGACCUGGAAGGCCGUCAGGUAGACAGACAUCAGGUCCUGGGAGGCCAACAGGAAGUCAGGGAAAUGGAAUGGGUCGACCCACAGGUAGUGUAGGACCCGGGAGACCAAUGGGGAGCUCAGCUGCAGGACUUGGAAGAUCCAAGUGCACAGUUAUGUCUGAGACCAUUUCUUCCAAAAAUGUGGGUGGACCCAGACCAGGAGGCCCUCUUCGACCUGGAAUGCAGCAGAGGCCAGGAAUGGGUCCCAGACCCCCCGGACCAAUGAACAGACCACCAGGCACCAUGUUGCCACCAAUCACUUCUGCGUACAAGAGGAAGUACGAGGAUGAUGAAGACGAGUACGACCCGGAGAUGGACGAUUUUAUCGACGACGUGGAAGACGAACAGGAAGAAGUGUCCAAACAUAUCAGAGAAAUCUUUGGCUAUGACCGAAACAGAUACAAAAAUGAGAGCGACUACGCUCUCAAGUUCAUGGAGAGCAGUUGGAAAGAUAUGCAGAGAGAAGAAGCAAGAAGCUUGAAACUGGCUGUGCAAGAGGACCUGGAGGAGGAGAGAAAAGAAGAGGAAGAAAUGAAAAGAAAGAAUGCCAAGAGGAAAAGAAGGAACUGAGACAGUUUUAACUGCUUUGCUGGCUUUCGUGCAUUUCCGGGAAACGUCACACAA